AUGAUCAUUCGCCAGCUCAAUAUCCAACACCUUCCAAAUAAUUUCUUGCUCAGGUCGAAGCAUCCGAACAGCAUAUCUUGCUCGUUCUAUCAUGGACACCACCUGCUCGAUGAAAUUCCCGACCCACCGUCCAUCACCCCUCUCAUGCUCAAUCUCAUUCAUCAAAAUCGCCAGUCUGAAGCACUCUCUCUUUUCAAGAGACACAUCACCGAAAUCGAUGAAUCAGACAUUGCACUUGUUGCCAAGGCCUGCAUUAGCCGCCCGAAACUCGGCCCUCAAGUUCACGGUUUUGCCAUUAUUUCUGGUUUCACAUCAUAUGUCUCCGUGUGUAACUCCUUGAUGAACAUGUACUGCAAGUCGGCCGAUUUUGGGACGGCUCUGCGUAUAUUCGAGCACGCAAAGAACCCAGAUACCGUUUCUUACAACACGGUGCUCUCUGGCUUUGAAAAUCACAUAAAUGCGCUCGUUUUCGCUCGUGAGAUGCAUUCGGCAGAGGUCCCGGUUGAUGCGGUAACUUGUACUACCGUGCUUGCUCAUUGUACAAACGGCCUCGAGUUCGGUUUUGGAUUCCAACAACAUUGCCUGGCAUUGAAGUCCGGGCUGAAGGCCGAGACUUUCGUCGGGAAUGCUCUCGUGACAUUGUCUUCCAAAUGCAGCAUGAUGCAAGACGCUCGUUUAGCGUUCGAUGAAAUUCCCCAAAAAGAUUUGAUCUCGUGGAACGCAAUCCUCUCGGGAUACGUUCUGGAGGGCGGCCACGGGCUAGAAGCCCUCUCGGAAUUUCUCGAGAUGGUUAGAAGGGGUCUAUGGCCCGACCACACCUCAUUCACAAGUGUAAUAUCGGCCUGCGGCCACGAGAGGGACUUGGAAUUCGAGAAGCAAGCUCACGCUUUCUCGGUUAAAAGAGGAUACGGCAGUCACGUCUCAGUUUGCAACGUCUUGAUGUCGAUGUAUUCCAAGUGUGGGAACACAGAAGACGCGCGGUUGGUUUACAAGAACAUAGCCAACCCUAAUGUGGUCUCCUUCACAACCAUGCUCUCCAUUGACGAAGAGGACGCUGUAAAUUUGUUUCGGGAGAUGACGAGAUGCGAAGUUCACCCAAACGACGUCACGUUCGUGGGAUUAGUACACGCCGUAACAGAGCACAGUAUGAUAAGACAAGGCAUAAAAAUCCACGGACUUUGCAUAAAGUCAAACUUUCUUUCCGAAACCCACGUGGCCAAUAGCUUCAUAACCAUGUACGGUAAAUUCAAGCUAAUGGACGACUGUAUCAAGGUUUUCAAAGAAAUCGGGUGGUUGUGCAGAGAGAUUGUAACGUGGAAUGCCUUCAUAUCCGCCUACACUCACAACGACAUGUACCAAGAAGCUCUCCACGCGUUCCGAUUGGCCUCGAACGAACUUCUCCCAAACGCCUACACGUUCGGAAGUGUACUAAGCGCGAUCGCCUCGUCCGUGUCAAUUUCCCUUACUCAGGGGCAAAGGUGCCACGGCUGCGUACACAAGCUCGGGCUCGACCGCGACCCAGUCUUUUCGGGCGCUUUCCUCGACAUGUACGCAAAGCGCGGGAGCAUACACGAGUCUUGCAAAAUCUUCGACGAGCUGGCACAGAAGAGCCAGGUGGCGUGGACGGCCAUCCUCUCGGCCCACUCGAGGCACGGGGACCACGCGGUUUAUGGGAAUGUGGAGAUGGGGGUUAGGGUUUUGGAGGCACUUAUGGGGAUGGAGGGCGGUGGGUCGGGGUCGUACGUGUUGAUGUCGAACAUUUUUGCGGAGAAGGGGAAGUGGGAGAGGGCGGCUAAGGUGAGGAGGAUGAUGAAGGAGCGAGAGGUGGCAAAGGAGUUGAACGGAUGUUGGUGGGUCGGGUGCUUGCAUGGGUUCUCGUCGGGGGACAAAUCUCAUCCGCUGUCUCACGAGAUAUGUGUGAUGGUUGAGUUGCUGGGGUUGGAAAUGAAGAGAAGAAGGGAGAUGAUGGAGGAUAUGAUUAUCGUUUGA